AUGAUAUGUCUCCUCUACGAGAGGGUUGCGUCAAGGUUGCUCACUCUCACCAUACGUUUUCCUAUUUGUGCGAAAGGGCUGUCGUGUCUGAUGAGUAAGGUGGAAAAAGAUGGGAAAAUUACAGGGUUUUCAUGCAACUACGGGCUGAGGAUCAGUCAUCUAUUUUUUGCAGAUGAUAGUGUGAUGUUCUGUAAAGCUUCGGUAGAGGAAUGUCAUGCUCUUUUGGAUGUUCUCUCUAUUUAUGAACACGCAUCGGAGCAGUCUGUGAAUCUGGCAAAAUCCUCAUUUACUUUUAGUCCCAAUGUGGACCAUGACACUAAGGAUGCUAUUAAGCAACUUACAGGGUUGGAGGAUUGUUCUGAAAUGGCCAAGUACUUGGGGCUCCCUUCUAUGGUUGGUAGGAAGAAGAUCAUUUUUCAGGACAUCAAAGACAGAGUGUGGAAGCGUCUCCAAGUUUGGAAAGGUAAAUAG